GACAGUAUGCGCCGAACCGCACUUUGCUUGGGGUCGGUGGCUCUCGCCAGCGGCAAGGUAUACUUUUCCGAGACCUUUGGCGAUGGCUGGGAGAGCCGAUGGACGCCCAGUGAGUGGAAGAAGAGCGACGGAACUCAGGGUACCUGGCAGCUCUCGGCCGGCAAAUGGUUUGCCAACGAGGCCGAAGACAAGGGCGUGCAGACCGCUGAGGACUCUAGGUUCUUCGGCCUCUCCGCGGGCUUCGACUCCUUCAGCAACGCAGGCAAGGAGCUGAUCAUCCAGUACCAGGCCAAGUACGAGAAGGACAUCGAGUGCGGCGGCGGCUACGUCAAGGUCGGGCCGAAGCUCAGCGACCCCAAGGCCUUCGGCGACCCCACGCCGUACAACAUCAUGUUCGGCCCGGACAAGUGCGGCUACACCAAGCGCACGCACUUGAUCUUCAAUUACAAGGGCAAGAACGUGCUGAAGAAGUCCGACCUGGCCUACAAGCAGGAGGGCGAGGGCACCUCCCACGUGUACCGACUGAUCCUGAAGCCCGACAACACCGCGAAGGUGGAGAUCGACGGCGAGAAGAUCUACGAGGGCUCCCUGAAGGAGGACUGGGAGCUCUUGGCGCCCAAGGAGAUCAAGGAUCCCGAGGACAAGAAGCCCAGCGACUGGGUUGACGACAGCAUGAUGGAUGACCCUGAGGACAAGAAGCCAGAUGGCUGGGUGGAGGAGAAGCGCAUCGUCGACUCUAAGGCCACCAAGCCUGAUGACUGGGAUGACGAGGAGGAUGGGGAGUGGGAGGCCCCCAUGAUCGACAACCCCGACUACAAGGGCGAGUGGACCGUGAAGCGAAUCUCCAACCCAGCCUACAAGGGCUUCUGGGAGGCCAAGAAGAUCGCCAACCCAGAAUACGUCGAUGAUGACAACCUCUACAAGUACGAGGACUUCGGCUUCAUCGGCUUCGACCUGUGGCAGGUCAAGGGCAACACCAUCUUCGACAAUAUCAUCAUCACUGAUGACGCGACUCGCCACGUUUCAUCUGAUCAGCAGCAGUUCCUCGAGAACAGGGAUCCAACUAAGAUGUUGACUGACCCUGCGUGA